GGAAGAGACACUUGAUCAAAAUUAGGGCACUUUCAAAACUUGGUACUACUACUACUGAUUGUUCAAAGCUGAAGGAAUUGUAUGGUAGCAUGAAAUUUUCAUACUUCAGUAGUGAGGUAGAAGAUGAUGAUGGGGCUAUGGCUUCUUCAAAGAUGGUCAAAGAUAACGGUGUACAGAGAAUCAAUGCACCAGAUCUGGAAAGGAGUAAUUUUGCGCUGGAGGGAAGAAAUAACAUACCGGAAAUUAGGAAUUACAGUAAUGAUAGGGGGCGGUAA